UAAACAGCUGACUUCAGCAGCUGAAGGAAGCAUCACAUGACCUCAAGUAAACAAGAGAGGAAAGAGGAUCGCCGGCCUGAUCCUGCCUUUGCUGGGGGGAAGAUCUCUGUCUUUCUCAUUUGCUUUGAGUCCCUUCCCCAAUUUAUAAUCCAAGGGAAAGAGGUGAAGCCUCCUGGGACAGAACUACGCUGCCAAGGCCAAAGUCCUUCCUGUUUUGCAGACUCAGCUUCUGCUCCUUGGAAAAAAUCCUGUUGUCAUGACUCGUGGCAUUUCUCCAGUUUAAUCAGCAGACAUUUAGGGGCUCGACUUGUAACACGGCAGAAACUGAGUGCCUCAUAGUGGUCCUCUGGCUUCCCACCUGAAGUUUUGAUCAGCAUUUGCUGUGUCUGUUCCUGUUGCUGGCAUGGCUCCUCCCAGGUGGCUGUUGGUCUUUGUCCUCCAUAGCCUGUUUGGCGCCAUCCAGCUAUGUGAAAUCCCCAGUGGCAACACUCAUCGCAUCAAGUCUUUGAACACGGAGCUACUGAAACUAACGGAGGAUGUGUCCAAAGACCCAAACCCCAGCGUAUACCUGGGCCUCCGUCUUUCAGCUUACCACAUUCGAGAGAGGGAGAGCCUGUACCUCCAGCGGCUGAAGGAGGUCUUCCAGCCUGAUUCCAGCAGCAUUCCAUUUGUUGCCACCUACCAGGAGCAGCCCAGUACGGGUCAGUUGGCACUCUACCUCUUAGUACUGCGAGCUGCAUGCCAGGACAUGGAGAUGCCAGUGGAGAGGCAGCUAGUGACCCAACUGAAGUUACACCUACACAGAGAAAAGGAAUCUCUAGUAGCCCAUGAGAACAACAGUCGGCCCCUCACCAACUUCUACCAGUACAGCCUGGGGAUUUUGACUUUGUGUGUCCACCACAAGAAGGUUGAUGUACAUGUGAUCAAGAAGCUGUUGUCUGCAGAGAAGCAUGGCAGAUUUGAGCAUGAAAGCAAACUGUUUGUUGACACAGAAGCUAUGUCCGGUUUGGCCUUUGUCUGCUUGCAACGAGCCACCUUCUACACUCCUGAACUUGUGGCAGAGCUCAACCAGGCAGUCCAGAGGGUGAAACAGAAGAUCCUCCAAGCACAGAAUCCCGACGGGACGUUUGGGAAUAUCUACAGCAGCCCCCUGGCAGUGCAGUUUCUCAUUGCGGCAGGGGUGAGGAACAAGGAGCCAGAGUGCCCCAAAGGCAUGGCUGCCCUGCUUGGGAAGCUGGAGGAAGGCCGCUUCCAAAACCCCCUCGUCGGGUCCCAGUUGCUGCCCGUGCUGCAUGGCAAGAGCUACGUGGACAUCGCCAACAUGGAGUGCCCAGCUGAGGAAGGAACAGUGGAGGAAACAAAGAGUUUGGUGCUAGACACCUCUGCUCCUGAGCCUAGAGUGACUUCACAGGGCACAAAGAUUGCCAUCCACCUGAUUGUGAAACAGCCACCACGUCGUCUGCCAUUGUACAAUGAAAUCAUCCGAGUUCCUGGUGGCUCCUCCUUGCUGGAUGUGCUGCAAGCGGCCAAGAAGCGGAGCUUCAAGCCAUUCUCAUUUGAGACUGAAGAGACCCUCUCUGGCCCAAUGCUUACUUCAGUGAUGGGGGUGAAAGCAAUGGAAGGGCAGCGCAAGUACUGGAAAAUUAUCCGGUUCCCGCACACCUCUGUGGAGCAGGGUAUUGCUGAUUACAUCCCACAAGAUGAAGAAUCCAUCAUCUUAAAAUUCUCUCCUUGGUAAAGAGAGCCCCUAUUCCGAUGGCGCCUUCUCAGUUGGCAGCUCCAUCUCUGCCCAGUGCGUUACACUGCUGUCGAAGAGUUUUCUCUGCCUCUAAGUGUCAGUCUAUGGAAUUCAAGUUACUCUGAUUUCAUCUCCCACCCUUUGCUGCAAGAACUCCAAGGUCUCUUGAGUCAAAAGGGUUUUUAUUGAAAGAUUCUAUUCAAAGUACAGGUGUCCAUAAUCAAUCCAAAGGCAAGGAAGCUUCUGGAUGAACACAAAGCUUUGUUGAGAAUGACGUAUUAGUUACAUGUUGCAAUAUAUCAAACCCUCCUUUCCAAGUCCCCCCCAUAGUCUAGAGAAAGCAAAGGCUUGGGAAUGUGAAAGUACGACUCCUCCAAGGUCUGUGGCUAGCUGCGUUAGAUAAGGCCGCCCUGGGAACACAGAUGGUUCAGUAGCUCUCUGUGAACCUGCAGACAAAUAACACUAGAACAAAAACAGCAGUUAAUAAUACUCAGAAACAAUAUGGCAGUACUGUGGAUAGUAGUCCUGACACUAAGUGAAGUCCCUGAGCUUUCCUUUGCUUAGGACACCAUUCAUCUUCUACCCAAAGAAUGCUUCUUCUGUGGACACUUAAUUCUGCCGCAAUUGAUUGCUCAGACUAAACUUGGAACGAAAUUGCACAAGCACUGGACAGAUGCAUCUGUCUUAAUCUUGCAAUGAAGCACGGCCACCAGAUUAGUCCAAGAUGGUUCACUGCCCCCAGCUGGAGCCAAGUGUGCAGUCCAAAAGUACACUCCGGUAUCUCUCACCGCGCUGAAGAGGAUGUUUGAGUGUACCUCAUUUGAUACUGCAGAGGGUCCUGUGGAAUACUUCCUAAUUGCAUGCUGAUUUGUGGGCAGUGAUGCUUUCUGAAGAGACCUCUUGGGCUGCUGAAGUGCCAAUUUUUUUAAAUCAUAAGUUAUAUGACAAUCAAAUCCAAAGACUGCCAAAAUAACAGAGUGCGAUAUUAAAGUCUAGCAAUAACUGAG